AUGCUCGUUCUGACAGCCCCUUCACGGCAGACAAAACAUGCCGCUGAGCUUUGUGCUCUCCUAGUCAAUGAUCUUCAUGGCGAACUUCCUUCGCGAAUCUUGAAUGCACUGCUCAUAAAAGGCCGGUCGACCAUUGCGCAACUGGUCCAACACACAUCUCUCACGCCGCGAUACUUGCGAAAUGGCAUCGCUGUUCUGAUACAGCAAAAUCUUCUUUACCACCACACAGACGCUAAUACCGACAUCACGUACUACCAAGCCGAUGCUGAUGCCUGUUACAACCUUGUACGAUCGGGGAAGAUCUUAAAUGCGAUUGAGAAUCAAUACGGCAUCGCGGAGCGGGAACUCGCCCAGACUUUGAUGCAACUGGGUCACGCCCGAAUCGCCGAUCUUUCUCAAGCUUUCGGGUCGAGGGCGCCUAAGCUCAAUGGACAUGCUAACGGUGAACAUAAAACCCACGAUGGCCUCAUCGAGUCAGAAAGUCACCUGAACUCUGUCCUUGUUCGCCUGAUUCGAGCAGAAAUCGUCGAGACUGUUCGGCCCGAAAGCUUCCGGAACCCUAAGGAUGUCUAUCGUGAGAUCGAAGACGAAGUCACCAAACCUCGACCAGGCGAAAAGGUCACCAAAGGAAAGAUCGAGGCUCAACGCGAGGUCAUCGAACGCUCUAGAACAUAUAGAGACCAGUCCAAGACUUUGAAGCGUCAGCUUGACAUGAGCGGGGGUCACAAGCCAAAGAGACGGAAACUUGUUAAUGGAGCAACACAAAAUGGUCAUGCAUACGAUGCUCCAAAACUGAACCCCAAUGUGGUGAUCAAGAUAAACUAUGAAAGAUGCUUGGUUGAGCUGCGGAACCAGAGACUUGCAGAACUCGCAACAGAAAUGCUUGGGGAAGUCACUGGUGAAGUUUACCGCACAGUGCUCGAUCUCUUAACUUCAGAUUUCUCAAGGUGCCAGUCUGACCCGCUACUCGAUGAAGUGACUCCUGGACAACAACCAGCUGUGACAACUAUCGACAUAUUUGAGCACCUGGACGAAAAUAUCAACGUCCAAAAUGGGAUUGGCAAAACUCCAAGAGAAAAAAUUGACUCACAGAGUGCUGAACGGAUCAGGGAAACAGCGCCGGAGUCAGACGACGAUUCUGACGAUUCAGAUGCCGGUCCUCCCGGUCGAAGAAAGGCGUUUGACGUUGAUGAUGAAGUUGAUGAAUGGGCUGACGAUAACCAUGAGGGUACAGCUAAUGGGGAACAAGAAAACAGAGUAAGAUUCGAAGAUACUACGAAUGGAAACGAGACCCGAAUCUCCCAGAUGCGCCGUCAUCUUCUUCUCCUCGCGGAAAGCAAGUAUCCGUUCAUCCGUCACUGUGGGAUGUACGGCCGCGGGCAAUGGACAGUGGACUUUGGUCGCCUCGUAGGCAAGCUGCGGGAAAUCGAACUGGACGCUAUUAUUGAACAAUCCCACGGUCGCCAUGGUCUACGCUUGACCCGCAUUCUUCGAGAGAAGGGCAAGCUUGACGAGAAAAUGCUUCCAGCCGCCGCGCUCAUGAAGAAGGGUGACGUGCAAGGCAAAAUGCUCGCGAUGCAGAUGGCAGGUAUAGUGGAUGUUCAAGAAGUGCCCAAAGAUAGCAGCCGACUUGCCAAUCGAACGCUCUUCUUUUGGUAUUUUGACAAAGAGCGAACCCAAACACAGGCACUGGAUGACAUUUACAAGGCUAUGCUCCGAUGCCUUCAAACCUUAGAGGUGGAGCGCCACAAGGAACGAAACAUUCUUUCGUUUGUUGAGAGGAAGGACGUGCAAGGCAAAGAAGAGGAGGUCAUGACCACAGAGCAUUACAACAAAUACAACAGGCAUCUGGGAGUGCAGGACAAGCUUCUCGGUCAAGUCAUGAGGCUAGAUGAGUUGGUAUCUGUGCUUCGUGAUUAUUGA